CUCAUCUGAAGAAAAUGAACUCUAACCCAGCCAAAACUAGCACACAAUUAUGCCUAGAGAGUAAGAUGACGUUGCGGGAGCAAGGUCCACCAGUGAUCUACCGUGUUCUACYUGAUAUCCUUGUCUUACACAUAUUAUUUGAAUGCAGUUGUGUUCUUAAUUCUUUUCACUAGUUAAGAAUUUUUUAUGUAAAUGGAGAAAUUGGAAAUACUGCCUGAAGGAAACCUUCAUGUGAAAAAAACCUUUGUUCCUCAUUUCUGCUAGAAGAAUAAGGAAAAAGCUUUGUUAGAAGAUUUGCUUUUAACCACGCUUCUUCAGAAGUGUACAAGCUCUAAGAGAAACACAGUUUUGGUUUUUUUCAUAGUAUACUUAGUGUUCUUUAUAGUGUCUCCAGCAAGAAAAAAUGGGUAAAAAACUGGAAAACAGAAGAAAAAAUAAGAAAGAAAAAAGUCAAGAAAUGUCUGCCAAUUUAAAGUACCUUUCCUUGGGCAUCCUGGUUUUUCAGACCACAAGUUUAGUCUUGACCAUGCGCUAUUCUCGGACACUGAAAGAAGAAGGACCUCGUUACUUGUCCUCUACUGCAGUAGUUAUUGCUGAACUUCUGAAGAUUUUGGCCUGUGUUCUAUUAGUCUACAAAGACAGCAAAUGCAAUUUACGGACUCUGAACAGAGUGCUACAUGAUGAAAUCCUUAACAAACCCAUGGAAACUCUUAAACUUGCUAUUCCUUCAGGAAUUUACACUCUUCAGAACAACUUGCUAUAUGUAGCGUUGUCAAACUUAGAUGCAGCCACAUACCAGGUUACAUACCAACUGAAAAUUCUCACCACAGCAUUGUUUUCUGUGUCCAUGUUGAGCAAGAAAUUGGGUGUAUACCAGUGGCUGUCACUGGUAAUAUUGAUGACAGGAGUGGCAUUCGUGCAGUGGCCUUCAGACUCUCAAGCAACACCUGCUAAGGAGCAUUCAGCAGGAUCGCAGUUUGUAGGCCUGAUUGCAGUUCUCAUAGCGUGCUUUUCCAGUGGAUUUGCUGGGGUUUAUUUUGAGAAAAUCUUAAAAGAAACUAARCAGUCUGUGUGGAUCAGAAACAUUCAGCUUGGAUUUUUUGGUAGCAUAUUCGGACUAAUGGGUGUUUACAUUUAUGAUGGAGAACAGCUGUCAAAGAAUGGAUUUUUUCAAGGAUACAAYAAACUUACUUGGGUGGUGGUUGUUCUACAGGCUCUUGGAGGACUGGUGAUUGCUGCUGUUAUAAAAUAUGCAGACAACAUUUUAAAGGGAUUUGCAACUUCUCUCUCUAUUAUACUGUCAACAUUGAUCUCCUAUUUCUGGCUGCAAGAUUUUGUCCCUACAAGUGUCUUUUUCUUCGGAGCCAUCCUUGUAAUAGCAGCUACUUUCCUGUACGGUUAUGAUCCCAAACCUGCUGGAAAUCCCAUUAAGGCAUAGCAGACUUCCUCAUCAACCUGCUUCUGGAGAUCAUGCACUGGGGCCUUGCUAGCACUGGCUUGUGGAAAGUGUCACUGUGCAUUGCAAGGGAAGGAUGACUGCCCUGAACAUCCUGAAGCAAUGCUGAAGAGUAGUUCUGAACAGCCAGAGGGGUCACAGGUGGAGGAUGAUGCUGUCUGUAACUGAUGGGGGGAAAUGUCAGGGGAAUGCCCAGUGCAACUUGCUAAUAAAAACUUGAAAGGAACCAAAAGUWUCCAAGAAACUACAAUUAGGAAUGUUUACAGCUUUGACUGAGAUUGCAUCAAAAGAAUUACUGUAUUGACUGCUGCAGAAAUAUGUCCUAUGCACUCUUUGAAAGAGCACAUGACAACGUUGUCAGAUUGUAUGUUUUUGCGAUUGGAUUCUAUUUAAUCUUAGUAAAUAUGUUUUUAACUGUUUGUCUAUUUCCGUGAAAUGAGCUGAACGUCAUAGUUCURAAGUGAUGGUUCUAAUUAGGUAUUCCUUAUUAAAACUGUGAAAAUUGAAAUAUGAUUGAAAGACACUUUCACAAUAUCAAAUAUUUUUAUAUUUUAGAAGGCUGAUUUAAUAACAGAAACCUGUUAUUAAAUAAUAAUAUUAUAGUUCUGUUGCUUAUAUAAAACUAUUGUAAGAAUGCUAACAUUCUCACUGAAGUACACAAAGGGAGGAAUUCUCCAGCCUUUAUCAGCCUGUAGUGUUGUGACAAAUGGAAUAACUGUGGGAACACCGGCUGGAGGCUACUGCGCUCACCUGGGAGUAAGAGUAGGGUUAUGAUGGGUGCUUGCUCAGAUGUAAUGUUCAUUCUUGUUAUUUUACUGAUUAUAAAUCAACUUUUUGGUAGAAUCUUAAGAGUAGCUUUUAUGCUUUAAAUAGCCUCUGAAGAUUUUUUUUAAACCACAAUUUUAAAAAUCAAACAGCCUAUAAAAAACAAGUUAAAGGUAUGUCAUUAUCUCCUACAGCACCAUCUGGAGAUAUUAUGGUAUGGCAUCUGUAUACUGUACUGUACUUUAUUACAGAGGUGUUUUUUAAACAAGUGUUGUUUAUUCAUUAACUCUUCAAGGCUUUUUCUGUAUAUCUAUGUAAUGGCUUAAUUAGAGUUGCAGAUGGGUUUUUUUAAUUAUUAUUUUGUUCUGGGAGUCCUUGAGCCAACAGACCAAAAUGGGUUCUCUGGAGCUAUUUAGUCUAGUAGUGGAAUUACUUUAAUAGGAAACAWAAUUAAAAAGCAAUUAAUUGUGCAAUAGGUAAAUAUAAAAGUAUGCUGUUGUUCGUUUUAAACAAAAAAAACUUUACAAAGAAACUGUGCUGCGAUUAGAUCAAUUAGACUGUUAUGAACACUUCACUUGAAGUAUUUGCAUAUAGUCAGAAACACUAAAAAAUUAUGGAACUAAUAAACAAAAAACUGUCUUAAAAAGAAUUGGUUUUCAGGAGACUGUUCACAAUGGAUGUUAAUGUUGGGUGACUUGUGUGACACUUGUGUGGUGUAUUUAUACAAAAACACAUCAGGAGUCCCUUACCAAUGGAAUGGCGAGUAAAAUCGUCUUUAUUUCCCUUGUUCCCCACCACCACCCCGUUCAUGCUCUUUCUCACUUCUGUCUUGUGCUAAAGAAAACAUGUUACAGAGAAAGGUGUUUUCAAAUGUUUACCAAAGUACCUUAUCUGAUUGAUGAGGAGAUUUUGUAGGAGUGCUCUGAGAUUCCUUAAUGAAGUGUCAUAAACAGGAAAGGAAGAAUUCCACUUGUGUCAGCCAAGUAAAAAUAGUGUUUUUCUUCUGUUUGCAAUUACAUGUUUUAUCAACAUUCUGUUUGUUUAUCUUAUCAGAGCAAGACAUUGAAGAAAUGUCUGUGCUGUGCCAAGGGCUUGCUUAGCUUUGUGAACUGUGAAUCUGUCCCAGCGCAUUGUAAUUGCAGGAACUUUGCUACUUGGUGGUCAUAACUAUCUAAAUGGGCAUUCUAUGUUAAUAUUAAAUAUUUUAGCUGGAACAUUCGAUAUGGCACAAUCUUUGGGAAGUCACAUUUAGCAAUUUCCCCAGUGCAGUGCAGCAUGAGGUAAGAUGUGUACAUAGAGCAGCGACUCGCAACGGUGCUGAGUGCAGAAUGGGAACUGCACAGCUCUGAAAUGACCUGGGAAUUGUUGGUGGGARUCUCUCAGUUGGAGUUUGGCCUGCACAAUAAUACUUUUCAUUUCAUUCAUCACAGCAGUGGAAAUGUUCAGGUGAUUGAGCUGGUUACUUUCCUAAGAAAAGUCUCCAAAAACCAUAAGAACAGGUUGAGAGCACUUCAAAGCCGGUUGUACAGGAAGGGACCAAAUAGGCUAAAUAAACACCACUAGGCUGGAGCUCUGUGACAUGUAGCCUGGUUUUAAUGUUUCGGGUGCACCUGUCAAUAUUUGCCAGUAAGGAUGUUUAAAGGAAAGAACAGGAAUUUGUGCUCUUUGCUUUAGAAUAGGAUGGCAUGCAGCUUUGGAAAACUCUGCUGUUCUAAGGAUCAGUAACUCCUGUCUGUUAAUCAGUGGCUUCCAUGCUUUCAUUUGACAGUCCAAUUAUUCUUUCUGGUAGAAGAAUAGAUCUCUUCAUGGACUUGUUGCUGAAAAGGAAAAAUGAAUUUGCAUUUUUAGCUGUGUUUCCUUAGCUUUUGGCAGGCUGAGGAAAGGCGUUUUUUGAGGYGUUACUCAGGACAAGGGGAGAUAGCACGUGUUUCAUGAGAUCAGAAUGGAUUUGAGGAGGGCUUACUGAUUGCUUUGCAAUCAGAGAGCAUAUGCACAUUUUCUCACUGAGAUAUUUUUGUAUUUGGAUUUUAAUUUUUUUAAGUAGUUGUAAGUCUGUAACUCAUUAACUAACCAAAGAGGCAUAGCUAGCACAGAACUUCAGGAAGUAGUGGAUAGUGUGCUGUGAGUUUGCCCUAAAAGCAAACUCUGUAUGAGUCUAAAAGUAAAGUAAACUUGUCUUUCUGAAGUACUUUUCUUACUUUUAGACAGUGGUUUUGUUAGUUUAGUUGUAUAUUUAGGAGGCUAACCUGUCCUUAGCAGAUUUUUAUUUAAGUAUUUAUGAAGUUAUAGAAGUUAUAGCUAGGUAUUUAUUUGCAAUAACUUGAAUUAUGUGAUUUCUUUUCAAGACUUAUAUAAUGGACAUACUAGUAUUUAUUGAAUGCUUGGAUAUUCGGUAGUUUUAUUUGAGAAUCUCUGAGAUACGUGAUAAAUGGUCAAAUAACAAUAAACUUAGGACUAUCUUCAAGGCAAAAWAAAUCAGUUCAGUGGUGAAAAACUUGAUUUUAGUAAACUAAGAUAACUUUUUCAAGAUUGUAUUUCUAAACAAUCCACAAGUGCCCAGUAAUGUUUUUUCUCAAAAAAAUCCAAAAAUUGUAUUGUUUUAUUCAACUUCAUUGUUUUAGCCAAACUUUAAGAAAAACUCCCUUUUUAUUUGUUUCAGUAAAGGGUGUAUUAAUGUUCAGCUCCUACAGUAUAACACCUUUGGAUUUUUACCRCAACUUUUUAGUAACUGUUUAUUUGUUUUUCCUCCAAAAGAAAAAACAGUCUCAUUUUGCUUGUGUUUCAUGCGCAUACAAGCCUCUCACAGACUUUUAGUAGUGUUUUGUGUUUCUGACUUAUUUUUGUGCCUGUAAUUCAAAAUACUGUAAUAGAUUUUGUUGAUUUUUUUUUAAUUGAUAAAUGAAACAUUGCAUUUCUUCUGGAUUUUGUUGUCAGUAAUUUUCAUACUUUAAUAUUUCUGAUCAGCCCUGCAUGUUCUGUUGUAUUAAAGCAAUUGUCAUUUUCMAAUUUUGAAUUUGUUGCUCAUUUUCCUCCUGGUAACAAUGUUUCUUGCUGGAUAUUAUGUUGAUAUUAUGUCCUUUCAUAUGUGAAAUCUACGUUUUGUAAGAAUGAGUUAUUAAAAAACAGUAAGAGGAUUUUAAUGUAUUAGAAAGGUACUGAUUAUCUAUAAUAUAUUAUACAAUAUGUGUGUAGUGUGUCGUUACAUAAGGUGGUGUAUUACUAUGAGAAAGUUGAAGUAGUGUUUCCUUGCUUUUGUUUUAAUUGUUCUUUUCAUUUUUAAUGCUGAUUAUUUKCCAGAGGAAGAGACUAGAGAAUCCUGCUCUUUCCAGGUAAGCUCAUCAUAUGUUUUUAGGUAUUUAGAAUUAAGACAUUUUAUUGAAGAAAAAUGCAGGGCAAAAUGCAACAAAAUACAUGGAAUUGAUUGGAUUAUAUCAUCUGCCUCAGUUACUGUCCAAAAUUCUGUUCAGCUGAAUUCUUAAUUUUUCUAAAUAUUUCUCAACUGAAUUUAUCACUCUUUCUAGAAGAGAAAAAACCUGUCCUGACUUGCCAUUCAGUGCUUGUUCUUGAAUGUCUGCUGCACAUUGCAUCCAAGAGUAGACAUGACACAUUAACUCAUCCUUCAACCUUCCAUAUUGUUCUGACUGAAUUUAGCCAUGUUCAUUUCAUGAAUGAUUUAUAGCUCAGUAAAAAUUGCUCAUAUGCUAAGCAUAURUUUGUAUUUGCUGCCAUGAGUAUAAUUUUUUUCGGUUUUUUUUUUUUAACUUUGUCUUUAUUGUCAAUAUAUAAGCCCAAAUAUAAAUCAUAUAUUCAAAUACCGUAGCAAACUUUUUGAGGUAGUCUUAUGUUUUUAUAUGUUGAUGUUGAUAUUUGGUUUUGAUUACACUGAAUACAGUUCUAAUAUAUGGUCUUUCCAGACAAUUUGGAAAACAGGUGKUUUUUUUGGUAUAACACUACUGAACACUGGAAUGCAUCUUACAUGACCUAACACAGUCCUUUUUUUAAUCCUUACUGAGGUAAAAUACUUUGAUUUUUUCUUCUGUAUGUGUAGAUACUGCCUCUGUAGUAAKAAACUAGUCCAAAUUAAGCACUGUAUUAAGAAUAUUAUUAAAAAACUGUUUGAGAGCUUUGUUAAAAGGAGAGGCUUGCCUUAUGCAUAUUUUAGCAGACAUAAA